AUGAUAUAUCACGUCAAACCUUCAUACAGCCUGGUGAAUUUGAUCCUCACCACAUACACCUACCACCGCCACAUCGUAUACUCUGCCCCUAAACCCCCAAUUCAAUUCCUAGUGCACCAUUUUCCACGCGCAAGGUAUUCUACACGCACGGCGUACCCUACGCGUACCCAUAUUCUUCUCGCAAUUAAAGCCGUACACCAAACAUGGCAGGGCCAGCUCGCAAGCGCACCCAUACUCCUGGCCCCACGACGCCCCCCCCCCCCAAAGCGCUCACGCAAUGCCCGAGUGGAGGAAACCCCAGAUCCAAACUCCACCCAGGAGCCAGACCCCAAAAAGAAAAAGCAGCCUGCUUCAAAACCUACCAUUAAGCCUGAUUACGCACCCAAUCAUCUCCGCAAGUUCAUGCAAAGCUCUAAGUCGAUUGAAGAAUGGAGCGCGCGCGUGCCGCUUUACUGGGCCCAAGUAUUCUUCGUGCGCGCCGGGUUUCUUCAAGCCCCUAUACGCGCCCUCUUUAAGCAACUCCUGCCCGCCGAAGAGUUGUUUGCCAAAGCCGAACUUGAUCUUCUUGGCGACUUCCAGGCUGCGCACGAUAAGGUUUUAAACCAUCUGGUCAAAAAGGUCAAGCAAUACGCCCAAAUCUUCCAGGAAAGCCCCCUCCUGGAAGACUAUCUUAAACGACGGUCCCUUGCAGAAACUGCGCAUAGGGUUCGCCCCUCCCCACCUUUGGCGGACGUUACCGCUUUUGGGAUGACGGAGCUCAUUGAAAUCCACACGCCCCUACUGAUAGGCGUGCCCAGGGUGAAAGCUCCGCCUGGCCAUAUUGGCUGGCUCGAAGAUGAUACGGAUGAAUACUGGGAAAAGACCCUGCGCGAUAGAUUUUGCGUCGCUGUGGGCAAAGCUCUCCAUCAGUGCGUCACAGACCCCAUCAGCGACCUGGGCGAUAAUUACAUAGCGACUAUCUUCAAGGACAUAACCCCUGCCACCAAUUCCCCCCUUAUAUGGCCUCCGCCAAUUCCCUCCACCCCCAUCAAAGACCGUCCACCCGCCUUACUACUGCCAUAUUGCCCCACGGAGAAUUCAUCGCAAAAUAGCGGCUACACGCCAGUUCUCCCCACUCCCCCAUCGCCGCCACAUGGAGGUUUACUCUCCGACUUUGACGACCCUAACUUUGACUUCACUGGCAUCGUGAAAGAUGCGGAGAAUGCUGUUUCGAGUACCAACCAACAGAUCGCAGAGGAUGUAAGCAAGUUCCGGGCUUUGCGCGCUAAAUCUGCGGACCUAGUGGACGCAGAUAUAUUUGCGCGCCCAGGAAAUCUUGACUCCGCCUGUGAUUACAAUGAAGAAACUCCACUCUCCAAUACCCUCGCCAAGAUAUACGCGCGCUCCAAUAUUUACAUGAAGCAUGAAAUUCAUCAGCGGGUAAUCCUCGACGAGUGCAACCGCAUGGAUACUAUCGCCUACGCUGCCCUACGCCGUAAGGAAUACCUCCUCACUGCUACUCGUAAACAGCACGCUCUUAUUGAGCAGUACAAAAGAAAAAGAGACAAGCUCUGUGAGCUGUACGGAGAAGAACCAUCGCUCCUCGAAAAUUUGUCUAACGCAACGCAAGCUAUGGAAACUGAGAGAGCAUAUACUACGCGCGCGCGCGAUCAGUCCAAACAGCCAGCGCAACAGAUGCAGCAUCACUCCAACCCCUCAUGGCAAAACCACCCCGCCGAAGCUCCUGGCACCGCGCAACAAGCAAUGUCGCCCACCAGCGCCUUCUUCGGCAUUCCUCCUGCGCGCCUACCCACCGAGCAUAUUUUUAAAUCGCGCAAGGUAGCAAAAGCCCCGCCCGCAGAAUCCCACAUGAGCUCGAGAGGUGACAUGGGCUCCCGAUAUCACCACACGGCGAACCCUUCUGCAUGUAACGGCAGCUACGUAUUUCGGCUAGGUGACGAACUGGGAUGA